AUGCAAUUAAAAAAAGAAGAAAUGACUGGACAUAAAAUAAAAUUACAAUCUAAUGAUGACGAUAUAUUUGAUGUUGAAAUUGAAAUUGCUAAACUAUCAAUAACGAUAAAAACAAUGUUAGAAGAUCUUGGUAUGAACGAUGAAGAAGUAAUACCAUUACCAAAUAUUAAUUCAGCUAUUUUUAAAAAAGUUAUUCAAUGGGCAACAUAUCAUAAAGAUGAUCCUCCACUACUACCAUCAGAAGAUGAUGAAAAUCGUGAAAAAAAUACAAAUAUAUCGUCAUGGGACCAAGAGUUUCUUCAAGUUGAUCAAGGAACACUUUUUGAACUUAUUUUGGCUGCUAAUUAUUUAGAUAUUAAAGGAUUACUUGAUGUAACAUGUCAAUUAGUUGCAAAUAUGAUCAAAGGAAAAACACCAGAAGAAGUUCGACAAACAUUUAAUAUUAAAAAUGAUUUUAUAUCAGAACAAGAAGAACAAAUCAAAACAGAAAAUGAAUUAUGUGAAGAUAAAUAG